CCCGUUAUCGCCGCGCCCGGCCGGCUCUGAUUUUUGUCUCGUUUGAAUUUGGGGUAGCGUGCCUUUCCUCCCUUUUCAUUUCGUCCUCUCUGUUUGGAUAAGGCUGAGGGGGAGCUCGAGCGGCGGAGCAGGAGGCGAUUCUCCCCGUCCAUGGCGAUUUCGAGACCUUCCCCCACUCGAGCUUGAUUUCUCUCCCCUUCCCCUUCGCUCCCCGGUGUCGCGGUUGGUUGUUCCUCUCUCUCUCUCUCUCCCCGUCGCGCGCUUGUGUUGUUCUGCUCUUGUUCGUCCCAGAUCUAGGUCAGUUCAUGUCGCCCUCUUGCGCAUGUGGUGCAGCCGCUAGAUUGCUAGGCUUCUGGUUGUUGUGGUCGUCCCGCGCGCGCUGCUGUUUGUACUGUUGUAGUUUGUAGAUGCAGCGGCUUUGUCCCCCUUUUGUCUGUGGAGAUGUAGCUGUUCAUGUAGAUGAGAGGGCAAUCUGUAGAUGUUCCUGUAGGCGCGAGGGAUUCUGUAGAUGUUUCUGUAGAUGUUCCUGUAGGUGCUCAUGUUCCUGUAGGUGAGAGGGCGAUCUGUAGGUGCUCAUGUACUUGUAGCUGCUCAUGUUCCUGUAGCUGAUGGGGAUUCUGUAGAUGUAGCUUGGCGGAUGUCUGUAGUUGUAGCAUGCGGGAUGUUGUAGAUGUACUGGUAGAUGUCUAGCUCGUUCCUGCUCGUGUCGGGAUGCUCCCUGAUGCUUCUGCGUGUUUUCCUGCUCUUGCCCCUGCUCAUGUACUGGUAGAUGCUAGGUGCUCGUGUCAAGCUCUUUUUUUGUAUUCAAAUGAAUUAGGCUCCUGAUUUGUUGUUGGAGGUGUAGUUCUCCUUUGUACCGUGUUUGUUUUUCUUCUAGCAGGAAUGAAUUUUAAGUUUAAUUUCUGUGUACUUUUGGCUCGGCCCUUUUCAGUGUUGUCAAUUGUUUGAUCAGACCUUUUCAGUGUCGUCACAGACUUCCAGUGUAAUAUCAGUUUUGUAGUCUUACAGGGGUAAUUUCUCCCAGUUUGUAUAGUGUAAUUAACCCUGAAUUUCUAGGGUGAUUUUUAUUGUAAUUGCAGUGUAGUUUUAUGUGUAAUUUUCCCAGAUUUUCAUUGUAACUUUAUGUCAGUUUUACUGUGUAAUUCAUCUCAGAUUUACAGACUUUAAGUGUAUUUUAGCCGUUUUAAUUCCACUGUGAUUUUAUCUCAUUUGUUGCAUUGUAAUGUAAUUUGUCUCAGUCUUGCAGCAUAACCUGUCCCAGAUUUUAUGUGUAAUUUGAGUGGAUUUUCUCACAGUGUAGUUCAUCCCAGCAUUUCGUACUUUUAAGUGUAAUUUACUUAUUUAAUUCCAGUGUAAUUUUGGUGGAUUUUACAGUGUAGUUCAUCCUAACUUUACAGUGCAUUGUACCCAUUUAAUUUCAGUGUAAUUUUAGUGGAUUUUCCAGUGUAAUUUGUUUGUAGUUUCAGUGUAACUUAUUCUAACUUUACAGUGUAGUGUACCCAUUUAAUUCCAGUGUAAUUUUAGUGGAUUUUACAGUGUAAUUUGAUUUGUAGUUUCAGUGUAAUUUAUUUUAACUUUACAGUGCAGUGUACCCAUUUUAAUUCCACUGUAAUUUUAGUGGAUUUUCCAGUGUAAUUUGAUUGUAGUUUCAGUGUAACUUAUUCUAACUUUACAGUGCAGUGUACCCAUUUAAUUCCAGUGUAAUUUUAGUGUAUUUUACAGUGUAAUUUGAUUUGUAGUUUCAAUGUAAUUUAUUUUAACUUUACAGUGCAGUGUACCCAUUUUAAUUCCAGUGUAAUUUAAGUCGAUUUUUUAGUGUAAUUUGAUUGUAGUUUCAGCGUAAUUUAUUCUAACUUUACAGUGCAGUGUACCCAUUUAAUUCCAGUGGAUUUUUUAGUGUAAUUUGAUUGUAGUCUCAGUGUAAUUUAUUUUAACUUUACAGUGCAGUGUACCCAUUUUAAUUCCAGUGUAAUUUGAGUGGAUUUUUCAGUGUAAUUUGAUUGUAGUCUCAGUGUAAUUUUAUGUUCCAUUUACAGGUUUAAAUGGGUAGGCUACAGAAAGUGUCUCAUCAGGAUGUUCCAUUAGUAUCAUCUUUAGAGAGUGCAGAUUCACUGGAUGAAGCUUUUGUGCCUAAUGAUUUUGCAGAAGAUGGUUCUCAUCCUGUGUCUCCGGAUCUAUCUCGAGAUGAAGGAGAGUUCGACAAGGCUCUUUUGAAGUUCUAUCUCAAUCAAAAAGUAAAAUGCUUAAAGAGGAAACUAUCAUCUGCUUCUAGGAGGAAUGUGAGGCAGAAACGAUCUACUGAUUUCCCCACUUGUGCCACUUUCACUAGAUAUUCUGGGAAGUUCUUCUCUGGUGUUGUUGCUGGAAUGUGUCCUAGGUAUCAGAAUGUCAUCCAGACAUACGGCAUGGGCUGUCUCUUAAACUUUGUUAGGACCGAGGUUCCCCUUAGGCUAGUGAAGUGGCUUGCUAGUAGGCUUGAUGUCCCUUCAUCUGAAUUCCAGUUCGAAAGGAAAUUUAUCCCAAUGACCAAGUAUGAUAUCCAUGAUAUCCUUGACCUCCCAGUAGAUGGUGAGCCACUUGUGUCUGAUCCUGAGUCUGGACGUGAUUUUAUCCUGUCUCACUUCAAUGUUUCUAGUAUUCCUCCUGUCUCUUUCUUCGCCAGCAAGCUUAAAUCCACCGAAGUCGAGUUGUCUGAUGAAGACAUUUUCAUUUGCUUCAUGAUUGUUGCGUUGUCCUCAUUCCUUUGUCCCAACUCUAGCCUCAGUCCUAGCCCGAAGUACCUGCAUAUUUUCAGGGAUUGUUCUUCUGUGUGCAACUAUGAUCUGUCCGGAUAUGUUUAUGAGUGGUUGUUGAGCAGCAUCAAAAAGUUCAAGAAUUCCACUAAAGUUGCUUCUAAAAGAUCAGUGACGUCUGGUGGUUGUCACUAUGCUUUUGCUGUUUGUUACCUUGACCAACUUAAUUUCGGUCUCCAUUCUGUCCCUGAUGUCAAGCCCCGGAUUCUAGCAUGGAGAGGUAACAAAGUUAAGCAAUUUUCAGAGCUUGACAGAAACAAUAGCCGCUCUUAUGGCAAGAGGCCUCUAAAGCGGUUGUUUGCUCCAGUUAAUCCGCAGAAGUCUAUCGAGAAAUCUUCAGCAAGCAAAGAUGGUGAUGUUCCCCUUUGCAGUGACAUGCUUUUUGAAAUGAAUGUGCAGAAAUCCUUCGGUGCUCGUUUUGGGUUUGAGGCUGCUCAAGUAGUCAUAAACCUUGUUCAAUCUAGGAACAAAGACAAGCCCAAGCUAUUUGUACAAUGGUCACAGUCCCUUGUAAUUGACGUUCUAGAAUGCUUAUCACUCUCUACUCUAAAUGCCAAAUCUGUCCCGACACCUAAAGUUUAUUCAAGUGAGGGUCAUUCUCUCAACAAGUUCUCUUUUGGCGCCAAGUCUGUCUCUAUUCAAUCUUUCAUUGAUGAGAGGAAGUGUGAGACUGUUGUUGAGAAAUCAUCUCCUGAAGUCCAGCAGCAAAUCCCCAAUUUGAAUGAAGCUUCUCCUUUUGUUUCCGGUGUUGUUAGUGUUGGGGGUUUUCACAACCCAGUAGUUUUAUCUAGUUCAUCUCCAGCUCCUAAAGUGUGUGAUGAGGGCGUGGUAAAUGAGGCAAAUGUUGAAGCUGCAAUUCCAGUGGCGGAUUUAUCUUCUAUAAAAAGUCCUUCUCAUUCUAUAGGUCCGAGCUUUUCUUUUCUCUUAUUUAAAUUCUUGUAUUCUUCAUUUUCCUUUUUAUUUGUGUCUUGUUUAUUUUUUUCUUCACCUGUGCUUGUAUCUUCUCUUUUUGUAGGUAUAUCCCCUUCAACGACGCGGUGUGCAAUUCCUGUUGUUGGUUCUACUUUGGAGCCCUCGGGUCCUUUCUGGUCUUAUUAAGAAAUGCGAACCCAAGGCCGAUGAUAAUGGUUUUCAAAGACCCACUUUUGCUCAGUUAAAUCGCACUCUUGGUGUUCAAUCUAAUGGCGAUGUUACCAAUGGUGAGCCCAAUGUUAAAGAGGUCGAUAAUUCUUUUGGAGAACCGUCCCCUCUGGUUCCUAUUCUCUUGUCGCAGCGUUUCCAUAAUGCGGUUGCAAGUUGUUUGUGGUCCCUGAUGACGAGGGGGUUUGUUUGUCCAGGUCGAACGGGCAAGAUGUUUACCCGACCCGUUUAGAGGUUCGUUUUUUGCUUUCUGGUGAUUUUCCUGCUAGUACAGGUGUAAUCUGUUGAUUGGACAGAAAAUUUGACUGUUUUUGAAUUAAAAAACAGUCAGAUAUCAA